CAGGAAUCUUCAACGCUAUACAUUGGGUCUCGAAGGCUCCAAGAACCGCAAAUGGAAAUACUGCCAAUCACCUACGCUCUUGUUAUCCUUCAUGCAGGUUAUCUCAUCCAACUGUCUUUCCGCCAACCCAGCAGUAAGGUCGUUUCAACACAGACCGAAUCAUGGCUGAUGUGGUUCGCCGCGUCGCCUCUCGGCAUGAUAUUCGCACGAACAGCAACCCUCGCCAUCGCCCUUCAUCAAGCCACAGUCGCCUUAUCGCUUUCACAUACAUUACCGCACAGCGAUGAUCUCUUGCAAGCUGUGUGCCCAAUACCUCAGUACUUGGAUCUUGGGCUUUUCACCUGGAGCAAUACAGCUGUCGUUUCACUUGCAUUUCUGUACCUGGGGAGCUAUAUCCGUUUCCAGGCCUACGCACAACUCGGCACAGACUUCACGUACCGAAUCACCAAACCGGACCGGCUCGUCACCUCCGGGUUCUAUGCUUACGUACGUCAUCCAUCAUAUACUGGUCUACUCAUGGUGCUGCUGGCGACGUACUCGCUAUUCCUCCGCCAACGAGGGCUCGUCAGCUGUUGGAUGCCGCUCCUAGACCAGAAGAUGGUCACGGACAAGACGCAUGCGUAUCUUGUGCCGGUGAUCGGUUUCAGUUGUGCCAUAUAUCUGUUCAUGGUGAGAAGAGUUGGAGAGGAGGAGGAGAUGAUGGAAAGAGCAUUUGGGGAGACCUGGAGGGAGCACAAAGUGAGGACUAAGAAGUUCGUUCCAUAUAUCUACUGAAACCAGGUUGCACAGAUUGAUCCAUAUUCAUGCGGCCUGACUCUUCACACAAUAACUGCCUUGUUCACAGGUGCCGAUUUUAUGGAAUUGCGAGCAAUAGACACGCGAUGACUGGAAGAACGCACCGCGAUCGGCCAAUCAUUAUCCGAAAGCCGAAAGACCACAUCAAACUAGUCAGGUAAACUGCCAGGGACAUAAGGUUGAGGAGGAGGUAUGUCAGAUCAGGCGAGCUAUUUGGUGUUCAGGUA